CGGGAGGCGGGGUGGGGCGCUCGGGCAGUCGCUGGGGGUUCCCAUCCGGCGAAGCGAGCGAGCUGAGGGGCCCGGCGAUGGCCCAGGCUGCCCUCGCCAGCCAGGUCACCAAGGACCUGUGCGCCGCCGGAGGCAGCCUGGAGCUGACGGAGCUGAGCCGGCGGCUCCCGGGCGGCGUCAGCGAGGAUGCCCUGGAGAAGUCGCUGUGCAAACUGGCCCCGGGGCGCUUCGUGCUGGGGACGCGCGGGGGGGACGGCCCGGAGAAGCGGGUGCUCGUGGCCGCCACCGGCGCGAGGCUCUGCCCCGCGUACUCUACCGCCUGCGACGGGCUUUGCGGGCAGCUGCACCUCUGCAAGUUUUUCCUCUACGGAAGCUGCAAAUUCUCGACGACCGGGAAACAGUGUAAAUAUAGCCACCACAUUGAUUCUAUGCACAACAUGAAUGUCUUGAAAAGCUAUGGAAUUGGGGACCUAAACUUGAACGAAUUGAGUCAACUUUUGCUUCAGAAUGAUUCUACACUCUUGCCAGAGAUCUGCGCACACUAUAAUAAAGGAGAUGGGCAGCAUGGUUCUUGUACCUUUAAAAAUGCUUGUGCCAAACUCCACCUUUGUCAGUACUACGUGCAGGGGAACUGCAGGUUUGGCAGCAGCUGCAAGCGGUCCCAUGCCUUUGAUCCUACGUGUCAGGAGAAGCUGAGAAAGUGGGGUUUAAGCGCCACCAUCAUUAAAAGGUUGCCUUCCACUUAUAGAAAUGCUUUUGACAUCAAAAAUGAAAGCUCAGCAACACCUAAAAAAGAAAGAAGAUAUAGCAGUGACUCUGUACCCACUGCUCCUAAAAGUGAUGAAGAGAACAGUCAGAUCUGUUUGUACCACAUUCGAAAGGCUUGUAGCUUUAAAGAUAAGUGUUUUAAGGUCCAUUUUCAUUUGCCGUAUAGAUGGCAGUUCCUUGAUGGGAACACAUGGAAGGAUCUGGAAGAAAUGGAGGAGAUUGAAAAGGCAUACUGUGACCCCAAUAAAAGCCAGUUCCUUACUAGGGUUCCAUGGAGCCCUGGGAUUGCCUCCCUAAACUUUAAUUACAUGACUUGUGCCCAUAACAAAGUUCGACGUCUCUCCACGGCCUCCUCUGUGGUCAAGCCUCCACACUUCAUCCUCACAACCGAGUGGCUUUGGUAUUGGAAAAAUGAUGGUAAUUUUUGGCAGGAGUAUGGCCUAAAGGGUGCUGAACGCCAUGCAGCUGCUGUUAGCAGCAGUGACAUAGAGAAGGCCUACUUGAAUCAGGAGUCACCUGUCCUGCGGUUCUCAGUCGGAAAGCACGCAUAUGAGUUGAAUUUCAAAGCCAUGACUCAGAAAAGCUUACACUUUGGCACUGUCAGAAACGUUUGUCGGAGACCGAAAUAUGUCUCUCUUGAGGAUGUGAAGAUGAAGCAGACUUGUGGUGACAAAUCAGGGGCCCCAAAGGAUGUUCCGUCUCAUUGGGAUAUGUCUGCAUUGCCUGACCUGGGAUUUAAGCUAAUCCCACUUUCCCCCUCUUCUGGAGAGUAUCUGAAGGUCCAAGAACAGUUUUGUCGGACAAUGCGUAACUACGCCAUUCGUAAGAUCGAGAGAAUCCAGAACCCAGCACUCUGGGAAGUGUAUCAGUGGCAGAAAGCUCAGAUGAAGAAGAGUAACGGAGGGCGGGAAGUAGAUGAGAGGUUUCUGUUUCAUGGUACUAGGCCCGAGUAUGUCGAUGCCAUCUGCCAUCAGAAUUUUGACUGGAGGAUCUCUGGUCUUCACGGUACUAGCUACGGCAAAGGGAGCUACUUCGCCCGAGAUGCUGCUUAUUCUCACCAUUACAGUCAAUCUUCCCUGAAAUGCCAGCCCAUGUUCUUGGCCCGUGUUUUAGUUGGAGAGUUUACCAGGGGCAGUUCCUCCUAUCUUCGGCCUCCUCCCAAAGAAGGUCAAAGCAGUGUCUUCUACAACAGCUGUGUGAACAGUAUGAGUGAUCCUUCCAUCUUUGUGGUCUUUGAGAAGCACCAGAUUUACCCAGAAUAUCUCAUUUGGUACUGAGCCUCUCCACGGAAAGUUUGGAAUUCCUGACUCUACUUUCUCUAAAACAGCUAGUACUGAAAUGAAGAUUUGGGGGCGUGGACAUUUCUCUGCUUCUUUUGGUGUCUUCUUUCUUAAAGUCAAGGAAGAACCAUGCAUUGUUUUUGAAAACCAUUUUUAAAAAGUUUUAAUGUCUUACUUUGCACUAAUUUCCUCAUACAGGUGUAUCACUGACUUUUGGCUAAAGGAGAAUUUUCUCUCAUAGCUCUCCCAUAGGUUGUUUACUUCUCCUUCCUGUACCAUAACGUCAACAGCAGAGCAACUGAUGAAUAUACGGUGAUCGCCGAGCCUAUUUUUUCCUUUCUAACCAUGUCAGACUUUCAUUUGUCUUCGUUAAGAAUUCUGUUGUCUGGGUGCUUUACUGGUAAGACCAAAAUUGUACUGAUUCUUUCAAAAAGUCUUUUAUUGAGAUCUCAUGUUCUUAUAUUCCCUUCACUUCUGAAUCCAUCCCUUCCCUGCCUUAUGAGCUAUGCCUUGUGACGUUAACUAAAAAAGAGCAGCUCAACAAUGUUCAAUGGUUUAUCAGCUUAGAUUGGCAGUAUAUGCACUGCUCCUCACCUGUAGUCUCCCACCUCUUCGAAGAAGGCAGUGCUUUCCUUACAGGCUAGUUGUAGUUUGGGAAUAUGCUAAUGACCCAACGUUUAGCCCUUUAACAUCUGCUAUUUGCAUUAGCCUACUCCUCACCACAUCGUGGCUGGUAGCAGCUGGAAAUGUAUCUGCCAAACCCGGCUCCUGCAUAGGGAAAGGCAAAAAUGCUUUUGUGUUUUACUAGGUGGAUUUGAGGCAGAAGCUCAUAAGUGAUUCUUCCCUUACUGGGGUUGUCAGUUAGGAGUUUUUUAAAAUCAGCGUCUACUCUGUGGCGUAGACUAACCAUUUAUGCCCAUCGGCUCCCAACUUAGCCACUUUCUCCUUUGGUCAGUAGUAUGAAAUGUUAUUCAUGCUGGUUAGGAGCGAGUCAUACUGUUGAGUAUGAGUUUUAUAUCUGUGUGAACUUACGCGAAUGUAUGUCAUGAAUGAACAUGGAAAUAAAAGGAAAUUUAUCUACAAAUA